AUGACAGGUGACCACUAUCCCUGGGAAGCUACAACUGUGGACAAGCAAGAAGUGAAAGCUGCGUUUGAGAAUGUCAUUAUCAUUACGGCUCACGGGUACGACAGAAGGUUCUACGAGGAUUUUCAGGACAAGCUCAGCCGGGCCACUGGCAUUGUUGGCAGUCACUAUGCUACUUUGACCUACAUGUCUCUUUACGAUGCCUUGUUUCUUUACGGUCUAGCUCUUCGUGACGCAUUUGAGGAAUUUGGAGGUUAUGAUGUGCACCAAAAUGGAUCCCUUAUCUGCUCAAAAAUGACUAACCGGCAAUUCAUCGGUGCAACCGGUCAAGUGCUUAUGAACAACAAGGCGAUUCGUGUACCCAGCUACGCUACAUAUCACACUUCCAAUGGAACGCUACGAAUAGUUGUUGAAUUGGAGGCGAGAAACGUAAACAACGAGAACUGUGACAGGAAUCCAUCACAAUGCUCGGAACAUGUGAGCUCUUCGCGCACCAAGAAGUAG